AUGGCCAGUCAACUGAAUCGAUGUGUCAGUGAGGGUGACAAGUCCACGCUAAAGAUUGCCGUGGUGUGCUCUAGUAAUAUGAACCGAUCCAUGGAAGCACAUGGCUUCCUCCAGAAGAAAGGGUUCAAUGUCAUGUCCUUCGGCACGGGGGACAAGGUCAAAUUGCCCGGCCCAGCCAUGGAUCGACCCAACGUGUACGAUUUUGGCGUGUCCUACGAUGAGAUCCAUUCGGAUCUAGUGCGAAAAGACAAAACACUGUACACUCAAAACGGCAUUCUCCACAUGCUGGAUCGCAAUCGGCGGAUCAAACGAGGCCCACAGCGAUUGCAAGAGGCCAAGGACAGAUUCGACCUAAUUAUCACGGCCGAGGAGCGCGUGUACGAUCAAGCCCUCGAUCAUUUCGAGAAUAAGGGCGGUGUCAUCUAUCAGCCCGCCCAUGUCAUCAAUAUCGACAUCCAAGACAAUCACGAAGAGGCUACGAUUGGCGCGUUUCUGUUCUGCGAGCUCGUUCAACUCCUGGCUGAUUCGUCCGACCUGGAUGACGAGAUUGAUGAACUACUCCAAACCUUUGAGGUCAAGGCCAAACGCGCCAUUCUCCAUACAGUGGUCUUUUACUGACAGCCGUAGUGUGUAAUCGCAACGAAUGUUUCUUGAAUUAACGAAAAAUGAACAAUGUAUUGUCAACCAAACCCAAUCAUGCCUAGGAGUUCUUCAACUUGUCCCGCUUUCCCGUGACGUUGAUGACUCCGUCGGUUUCGAGGAAGAACCGGAUCACAAAAUACAAGUCGGCCAUGGCCACCACGAAGGCCAGGAUGAUCCCGACCAAAAGCCGUUUGCCCACGUCCACAAUCCCGUAGAAGUAGUAAGGAAACAGAUAUCCAGCCACAAAUGAUGUGCCCACAGACAGAACGAAUUGGAUAAUCAACAGCAAAUAGUUGUUGAUCUCUUUAACUGGAAUUAAACGCAAAAGCGUGGACAUUAGAACGCGCUAAUUGAAUCCUUGA